UUCCGGUCGGGCCCUCGGGUCUCCCCGGAGCGGCGGCGCCUUCUCCGCCUCCUCGGCCUCCUCCCGGCGGAGACCCCCGGCGCCGGGUCUCCCUUUUCUCCAGACCCGCCAGAGAUGGAGGCGAACUCUGCGGGCAGCAGCGCUGGGGGUGGUGGGAACAGCGGCAUCGGGGGCGAGGACGGGGUCCACUUCCAGAGCUACCCCUUUGACUUCUUGGAAUUCCUCAACCACCAGCGCUUCGAGCCCAUGGAACUGUAUGGGGAGCAUGCCAAGGCGGUGGCCGCCCUGCCUUGCGCACCAGGACCCCCACCCCAGCCUCCCCCUCAGCCUCCUCCACCCCAGUAUGACUACCCACCACAGUCCACCUUCAAACCCAAGGCAGAAGUUCCUUCCUCAUCUUCCUCGUCCUCUUCCUCCUCGUCGUCCUCAUCCUCGUCGUCGUCUUCUCAAGCCAAGAAGUCCGAUCCACCCCUGCCUCCAGCUUUUGGGGCGCCCCCUCCCCCCCUCUUUGAUGCUGCCUUCCCUGCCCCACAGUGGGGUAUCGUUGACCUCUCGGGACACCAGCACCUCUUUGGCAACCUGAAACGGGGUGGCCCUACAUCUGGGACUGGGGUAGCGCCGGGACUUGGAACUCCCACUGGAACCCCAGGACCACUUCCCACCCCCACGCAGAACCCCCCUGGGCCCGCUGUAGGGGCGGCCUGUGACCCAGCCAAGGACGACAAGGGCUACUUCCGAAGACUGAAGUACCUGAUGGAGAGGCGCUUCCCGUGCGGCGUGUGCCAGAAGUCCUUCAAGCAGUCCUCGCACCUGGUCCAGCACAUGCUGGUGCACUCCGGGGAGAGGCCGUACGAAUGCGGCGUGUGCGGCCGCACCUACAACCACGUCUCCAGCCUCAUCCGCCACCGGCGCUGCCACAAAGACCUGCCGCCCUCGGCGGGGGGGCCCCCGCAGCCGGGACCCCCACUGCCCGCGCUGGGCCUCUCGGUGCCCGCUGCCAGCGCGACGGCCGCCGCCCCAGCCACGGUGUCCUCCGGCCCCUCGGCCACCCCUUCGGCGCCCGCCACCACCUCCACGGAUGGGACCACGGCGCCCGCCGCCCCUCCCGGCGUGGGUGUGCCAGCGCCGCCCCCUGGCACGGGUGGUGGGGACGGCCCGUUCGCCUGCCCGCUCUGCUGGAAGGUUUUCAAGAAGCCCAGCCACCUCCACCAGCACCAGAUCAUCCACACGGGUGAGAAGCCCUUCUCCUGCUCAGUGUGCAGCAAAAGCUUCAACCGCAGGGAGAGCCUCAAGCGGCACGUCAAGACGCACUCGGCCGACCUCCUGCGCCUACCCUGCGGCAUCUGCGGUAAGGCCUUCCGCGACGCCUCCUACCUCCUCAAGCACCAGGCUGCGCACGCCGGCGCCGGGGGCCCGCGGCCCGUGUACCCCUGCGACCUGUGCGGCAAGACCUACUCGGCGCCGCAGAGCCUGCUCCGCCACAAGGCCGCGCACGCGCCGGCCGCUGCCCCCGACGCGUCCAAGGACGGGACGGCCUCGGGGCCGCAGCCCCCGCCCACCUUCCCCCCGGGCCCCUACCUCCUGCCCCCAGACCCGCCGGCCACCGACAGCGAGAAGGCGGCGGCUGCAGCGGCGGCCGUGGUGUACGGAGCCGUGCCCGUCCCGCUCCUGGGUGCCCACCCGCUACUACUCGGCGGGGCUGGGGCCGGGGGCUCCGGGGGCUCGGGCGGCGGCGUCCCGGGAAAGACGUUCUGCUGCGGCAUCUGCGGGCGCGGCUUCGGGCGCCGCGAGACCCUGAAGCGCCACGAGCGCAUCCACACCGGCGAGAAGCCCCACCAGUGCCCGGUGUGUGGGAAGCGCUUCCGGGAGUCCUUCCACCUGAGCAAGCACCACGUGGUGCACACCCGCGAGCGGCCCUACAAGUGCGAGCUGUGCGGCAAGGUGUUCGGCUACCCGCAGAGCCUCACCCGCCACCGCCAGGUGCACCGGCUCCAGCUGCCCUGCGCCCUGGCGGGGGCCACCGGCCUCGGUCCCUCGUCGGGCGGGGCCGGAGCCUGUGGGCCCGGGGCUUCGGGCACCUCUGGCGGGCCCACCGACGCACUGAGCUACGCCUGCUCCGACUGCGGGGAGCACUUCCCAGACCUCUUUCACGUCAUGAGCCACAAGGAAGCCCACAUGUCCGAGAAGCCCUACGGCUGCGACGCCUGUGGCAAAACCUUCGGCUUCAUCGAGAACCUCAUGUGGCACAAACUGGUCCACCAGGCGGCCCCGGAGCGCCUCCUCGCGCCCACGUCAGGUGGCCCCCAAUCCUCUGAUGGCUCCAGCGGCACCGAUGCAGCCAGCGUGCUAGACAACGGACUGGCUGGAGAAGUGGGAGCGGCCGUAGCGGCGCUGGCCGGGGUGUCCGGGGGUGAGGACGCCGGUGGGGCGACAGGGGCUGGGGCCGGUGGCGGGGCCAGCUCGGGCCCUGAGCGCUUCAGCUGUGCCACGUGCGGCCAGAGCUUCAAGCAUUUCCUGGGCUUAGUAACUCAUAAGUACGUACAUCUGGUGCGCCGGACCUUGGGCUGCGGCCUCUGUGGCCAGAGCUUUGCGGGUGCAUACGACCUGCUCCUGCACCGCCGGAGCCACCGGCAGAAGCGGGGCUUCCGCUGCCCGGUGUGCGGGAAGCGCUUCUGGGAGGCGGCCCUGCUGAUGCGCCACCAGCGCUGUCACACCGAGCAGCGGCCCUACCGGUGCGGCGUGUGCGGCCGAGGCUUCCUGCGCUCUUGGUACCUGCGGCAGCACCGCGUGGUGCACACUGGCGAGCGCGCGUUUAAGUGCGGUGUGUGCGCCAAGCGCUUCGCGCAGUCCUCCAGCCUGGCGGAGCAUCGGCGCCUGCACGCCGUGGCCCGGCCCCAGCGCUGCAGCGCCUGCGGCAAGACCUUCCGCUACCGCUCCAACCUGCUGGAGCACCAGCGACUGCACCUGGGCGAGCGCGCCUACCGCUGCGAGCACUGCGGCAAGGGCUUCUUUUACCUGAGCUCCGUGCUGCGCCACCAGCGGGCUCACGAGCCCCCACGGCCGGAGCUGCGGUGUCCCGCCUGCCUCAAGGCCUUCAAGGAUCCGGGCUACUUCCGCAAACAUCUGGCGGCCCACCAGGGGGGCAGGCCCUUCCGCUGCUCUUCCUGCGGAGAGGGUUUCUCCAACACCUAUGGCCUGAAGAAACACCGCCUGGUGCACAAGGCUGAGGGCCUUGGGGGACCCGGAACAGGAGCAAGCGCCUUGGCCGGGAAGGAUCCCUGACCAGAGGGCUUCUAUAUGUGCCACUCCAAUCAGAUAUCCCCAUCUAGACUCCUCCCCUCCCCUCCAUGGGGCUGCUGGUCAGACUCUUCCCCCCACCCCCACCCCCGUUCCUCACUGUCGCCCUGUCAGAACUUAAGAUGGUCUAGCCUCUUUAUUGGGCCCAUGCCCUACAAACUCAAGACUGCAUUACUCCCAUCCCUGGCCUCUCUGGUCCUUCCUUCAUCCCAUUAGUGAACUUGACCGUCUGUCCAACCCUCUUUUGUAACCCUAAUCCCCUGCCCAGUGGCACUCUGGCCUCAGCUGGCCCCAUCGAUCUCUGGUGGAGAUGGAUCAGAACUGCUCCUCCUCCUCCUCUUGGGGUUUGACUGGACAGUGGACUAGAAGCAGAGUUGGGAGGGCACAAGGUGGGGGUCUGGGUGCUCUUGGA